CUCAAUUGUUCUCCAACACACAUAAAAACAGACGCCUCUUCGUCUUCCACAAGCUCCAUCAGCUUUACAGAUACCCUUUUGCUUGAGCUUUUCUACUUCUCUUCUUUCCCAUUUGUAAGUCCUACCUACCUACCUUCCCUUCCCCGCCACAGCCUACCGCGCCCGCAAUCAGUAGGAGGCAACGCUAGAAGACCGGUGCCUGUCUUCAAAAGUCUGCUGAAAAUUGCCCCUCAAUCUCUUCAAAGACUUUUCUUCACUCGCCUCAUUGCCUUCUUACACCCUUCUUCGUCCUGCUUUACUUUCAUACGCUCUUUGUCCAUCGAGCCUCGCUUCACCCACGGCAAAACGCACGAACGCUAACAUUCCGCCCUACAGUCCGUCUAAACACCCUUUCUUCCCUUCACAUACACAACCAUGGCUUCCGAGACCUUCGAGUUUCAGGCCGAGAUCUCUCAGCUUCUCGGUCUCAUCAUCAACACCGUCUACUCCAACAAAGAGAUCUUCCUCCGAGAGCUGAUCUCCAACGCCUCCGAUGCUCUUGACAAGAUCCGAUAUGAGGCUCUCUCAGACCCCAGCAAGCUCGACAGCGGAAAGGACCUCCGCAUCGACAUCAUCCCCAACAAGGAGGCUAAGACCCUCACCAUCCGCGAUACCGGUAUUGGUAUGACCAAGGCUGAUCUCAUCAACAACCUCGGUACGAUCGCCCGUUCCGGUACCAAGCAGUUCAUGGAGGCCCUCACCGCUGGCGCUGAUAUCUCUAUGAUCGGUCAGUUCGGUGUCGGUUUCUACUCCGCAUACCUCGUUGCCGACCGCGUCACCGUCGUCUCCAAGAACAACGAUGACGAGCAGUACGUCUGGGAGUCAAGUGCCGGUGGCACCUUCAAGAUCUCCGAGGAUGCUGGCGAGCCAAUCGGCCGCGGUACCUCCAUCAUCCUCCACCUCAAGGAUGAGCAGCUCGACUACCUCAACGAGAGCAAGAUCAAGGAGGUCGUCAAGAAGCACUCUGAGUUCAUCUCCUACCCCAUCUACCUCCACGUCCUCAAGGAGACCGAGACCGAGGUCCCCGAUGAGGAUGCUACCGAGGAGACCACCGAGGAGGGCGACGAGAAGAAGCCCAAGGUCGAGGAGGUCGAUGAUGAGGAAGAGGAGAAGAAGGAGAAGAAGACCAAGAAGGUCAAGGAGUCCAAGAUCGAGGAGGAGGAGCUCAACAAGACCAAGCCCAUCUGGACUCGCAACCCUUCAGACAUCACCACCGAGGAGUACGGUGCAUUCUACAAGUCCCUCUCCAACGACUGGGAGGACCACCUUGGCGUCAAGCACUUCUCCGUUGAGGGUCAGCUCGAGUUCCGCGCCAUCCUCUUCGUUCCCAAGCGUGCUCCCUUCGAUCUCUUCGAGACCAAGAAGACCAAGAACAACAUCAAGCUCUACGUCCGCCGUGUCUUCAUCACUGAUGAUGCCACUGACCUCAUCCCCGAGUGGCUCAGCUUCGUCAAGGGUGUUGUCGACUCUGAGGACCUUCCUCUCAACUUGUCUCGUGAGACUCUCCAGCAGAACAAGAUCAUGAAGGUCAUCCGCAAGAACAUUGUCAAGAAGACCCUCGAGCUCUUCAACGAGAUCGCCGAGGACCGCGAGCAGUUCGACAAGUUCUACACUGCCUUCAGCAAGAACAUCAAGCUCGGUAUCCACGAGGACUCCCAGAACCGUCAAGCCCUUGCCAAGCUCCUCCGAUUCAACUCCACCAAGUCUGGUGACGAGACCACCUCCCUCACCGACUACGUCACCCGCAUGCCCGAGCACCAGCAGCAGAUGUACUACAUCACUGGCGAGUCCCUCAAGGCUGUCCAGAAGUCUCCUUUCCUCGACUCUCUCAAGGAUAAGGGCUUCGAGGUCCUCUUCUUGGUUGACCCCAUUGACGAGUACGCCAUGACCCAGCUCAAGGAGUUCGAUGGCAAGAAGCUUGUCGACAUCACCAAGGACUUUGAGUUGGAGGAGACUGAAGAGGAGAAGAAGAAGCGCCAGGAGGAGGAGCAUGAGUACGAGGGUCUUGCCAAGAGCCUCAAGAACGUUCUCGGCGAGCGCGUCGAGAAGGUCGUCGUCAGCCACAAGCUCACCGGCUCUCCUUGCGCCAUCCGUACUGGCCAGUUCGGUUGGUCUGCCAACAUGGAGCGUAUCAUGAAGGCCCAGGCUCUCCGUGACACCUCCAUGAGCUCCUACAUGUCUUCUAAGAAGACUUUCGAGAUCUCCCCCAAGUCUCCCAUUAUCAAGGAGCUCAAGCGCAAGGUCGAGGCUGACGGCGAGGAGGACCGCACCGUCAAGUCCAUCACCCUCCUUCUCUUCGAGACCUCUCUCCUCGUCUCCGGCUUCACCAUUGACGAGCCCGUCCAGUACGCCGAGCGCAUCCACAAGCUCGUCUCCCUCGGCUUGAACGUCGACGAGGAGGUCGAGACCGAGCAGGAGGCCAAGGCCGAUGCCUCUGCCCCCGCCGACGUCGCUGGCGAGAGCGCCAUGGAGGAGGUUGACUAAGCGUUUUCUCCUUUUCUCUUUCGAAAAAGCUGGAUGGCGCUUUUGAUUCCCCUUUCAUGUGUUAUGUCUUUUUCCUUUUUGUUUGGCCUCCCAUCCACUUCUUGCAUGACGGUAAUUAUAUACGGUGGGCGUCUAUAAUAAAGAAAGAGUGGUUUGGAGGAAUGAUUCAUGGAUUCCCCCAGGGCAUGUACGUUAAGUAGAUCAUCAGUUACUUCGGGACCUGUUCUCAGUAGUAGCC